AUGGUAGAAUUCGCCAAAAAAGAAUCAAGGCGCGCGAUCACUGAGAAGAGACAAGAAUUUGAGUCACGACUAGCCAAGAUUCGGCAAGAGGAAGAGCGUUUGAAACAGGCCCAGGACAGCGACCGACCUCGUAAAAAGCAGCGACUUGAUGAGUCGACAUCUGAACCCGCUGCUGGCGAUGAUGAUCAGUUUGUUCUCGAUGAUUACGACAGCGACACUGAAAAUCAGAAAAGACUGACUGACUCGGGAAAUGAUGACGGUCUCUCCGCCAGCACCCUAGCCUUGCUAGAACGCUUUAAGGGACAAUUCUCAACACAAAACAAAGAAGAGGAAGAAAAUGUAAACGAUGAGAUCAAAAUCUUCUUUUGCUCCAGAACCCAUUCUCAACUAAGUCAGUUCGCCGGUGAACUGCGGCGAGUCACAUUUCCAUCCAGCAUUCCCACCGAUCUUGACCCAGAGAGCAAAGAAGAUUUCUCUAAACUUGAGGAGCGAGUGAAGCAUCUCUCACUAGGCUCCAGAAAGAACCUAUGCAUCAAUCCCAAGGUUCGUGCGUUGGAGAACUCCACUGCAAUCAACGAAAAGUGUUUGGAUUUACAGCAACCCGGCGUAGCAGCCGAUAAAAAAUGCAAGUUCAUUCCAUCCAAAGAUGAUGAGGCCCUGGCACUUGAGUUUAGAGAUCAUGCGUUGGCUACAGUCAAGGACAUUGAAGAUAUUGGCCAGGUUGGAACAAAACUCGGGAUAUGUCCCUACUAUGCAUCACGCCCAGUGAUCAAACACAGCGAGAUUGUGACACUUCCGUACCCCCUGUUGUUACAACGAUCAGCCCGUGAGGCUCUCGAUUUAUCUGUCAAAGGCCAUAUCGUCAUAAUCGAUGAGGCCCACAAUCUCAUGGAUGCAAUAGCCGGUAUCCAUUCAGUGACAGUAUCACUGAGUCAAUUGCAAACCGCCAUCACGCAGCUAACGACAUAUGCUCGCAAAUUCAAGAACCGGUUGAAAGGAAAGAACCGCAAUUAUGUGGCGCAGGUCAUCCGGCUAGUAAGUUCUAUCGCGGAGCAUUUGAAUUCAAUAUCUCAGCAAAAAGGUCCACUUGAAGGCUCAGUGCAGUCAUCAAAUCUCAUGGCUGGAAAAGGAGUUGACCAGAUAAAUCCUUACAAACUCUCUCGGUAUUUGCAAGAGAGCAAACUCGCCCGGAAGGUUGACGGCUAUGUGGAAUCCUCGCAACAGCCACAGCCUGGUCGACCCAAGGAUAAAACAACAAUUCCGGUUCUGUUUCACAUACAGAGCUUCCUUCUCCCUCUGAUGAACCCGUCAGAAGAGGGCCAACUUUUCUUCCAGAAGAGCGAAGACGAUGUCAUGUUGAAAUACAUGCUUCUUGAUCCCACAAACCACUUCCGAGAAAUUGCAGAAGAUGCCCGCGCCGUUAUUCUAGCUGGCGGUACCAUGUCCCCGCUCCUUCCUUCCACCCUGCGGAAUUUCUCUGAUAUGCGUAUGAAUCAGAUUACCGACCUCGGACGGACGAUAUCAACCCUUUGUCAAAUUAUUCCAGAUGGUGUUGUUGCAUUCUUCCCCAGUUACGACUACCUAAGUCAAGUUAUGAAUGUCUGGAAGAAGCCCAUCCCCAACGGGAACGGCCAAAGCAUUUUCAAUCUACUUGAACGCAAGAAAAAAAUUAUGUACGAAUCUCGCGAAUCAGUGAAAACGACAGAUUCGUUGCUACAAGAGUAUACUGAAGCCGUUGAAUCGGGAUCGGGUGCCUUGCUUCUCUCCAUCGUGGGCGGAAAGUUGUCAGAGGGUAUCAAUUUCUCUGAUAAGCUGGGUCGAGGUGUCUUCAUUAUCGGUCUACCAUUCCCCAAUAUUCGCAGUGCUAUCUGGCAAGCUAAGAUCCAGUAUCUCGAGGACAAGACCUACAAACACGCCACUGGUUCCGAGGCAGAGAGGAAGGCCGCGGGCAAAGCAGCAGGGAGGGACUUUUACGAGAAUUCAUGCAUGAGAGCAGUCAACCAAUGUAUUGGACGAGCCAUCAGACAUGUCAAUGAUUAUGCUGCAAUAAUCAUGAUUGAUCGCCGAUAUGAAUCGCCGCGAAUCCAGGGGAAAUUGCCUGGUUGGAUUAGAGGGAGCUUGGUCCCAGCACCUCCCGCGCGGGCGGCUCAGAUGACAGUGCAGAGGCUUUCCAAAUUUUUCGCUGAAAAAAAAGUAAUAGCAUAG